GCGAUAACAUCGUUCGCAGCCAUUGAUGGACCGCAAUGUGCUCAAAGGCAGAGAUAGCACCAGGAGUCAAGUUCUUGGAGACAGUCCAAGCGGCCCAGAACUGAAUGGGAUGGCCAGAAGGGACACCACGUGCAGCAGCAUCCGAGAGCCCGGCGGCUGACAGCGGGCAAAUUGACGCCGUCGCAGCGCAGAGUAGAAUAGAGUUACUACCACCUCGUAUUGUCUUGCCUCCUCCACCAUGUCCUGUCGCUCGUUAACACCCUCCUGAAUGGCAUCGCGCGCUGCCACCACCGUCACCGCGUCGAACCUGCGCUCCAAGGCGUGAUCUAUCCUGGCUGGCCGACGAGGAAACGGAGUCGAUAGGGCGCGUGCGAUGGCGCGCACGGGAACACUGGCAGCUCUGCUUGCCGUUUCGCUCGCUGACGCAUACUCGAUCCCCUCAUUACUAUCGCGGAGCAUUCCAGGGCUGGAGAGGUUAGAGAAGAGGCAGAAUGACUCGACAACGACGAUACCGGCGGCAUUGAGCAUUGCGGCGGCGCAGAAUUGGGAUGGCAACGAUGGGCCGUGGUCGUCGUUUCCCGUGCAGAUUGGUGUGCAGCCGCAGACGGUGCGCCUCAUGCCUGGAACAUCCGCUACAUCCGUCUUGACAGUCUCCCCAGAAGGUUGCCCGGAUACAUACCCAGAGGAUUGUCCGCAGCAAAGAGGAGGCAUCUUCGAGAUUUCCGAAUCUAACACCUGGGUACCCAAUAGCAUUUACAACGUGGGAGUUGCGAAGAAUCUGGGUCUCGAUACCGAGGGCACGGCCGGAUAUGACAGCGUCACUAUCGGCUGGCCUGGCGCAGUACAGGCCUCAGCAGAGCACAAUGUCGUCUUCAAUCUGGACAGUGCCAAAUUCUUCGUGGGAAUUUUUGGUCUCAACCCACGCCCAACGAACUUCACCACCUCGGCUGGCGUUACUCAGUUCAAUAACCCACAGACCUCGUUUGUGCAAUCUCUGGUGAACAACAGGACUAUUCCGUCGGUAUCCUGGGCAUACACUGCCGGUAACCAGUACAGGCUGAAUGGCAACAAUCUGGGCUCGCUCACACUGGGCGGCUAUGAUGCGAGCAGAUUCAACCAGAAUCAGAGUCUCAGUCUUCCAUUCAAUACCGAUAUCAGCCGCGAUCUCCUGGUAAACUUGCGCUCCAUCACGACCGAUUCUUCGGCCAACGUCCUCCUGCCCCAAGGCAACAUCCAAAUCUUCCUCGACUCCUCUGUUGCGCAAUUGUGGCUACCGCAGUCAGCAUGCGAUGCAUUCGAGGCCGCUUUCAACUUAACAUACGACGACUCCACUAAUUUCUAUCUGGUCAACGAAACGCUCCGCGAACAGCUGCGAAGUGUGAACCCCAACGUCACCUUCACAAUAGCUGCAGACUCGACAGCGACUUCGGAAGCAAUAGACAUUGUCUUUCCGUAUGCGGCCUUUGAUUUGACGCUGGGAUUUCCCAACGUUGUGAAAAGCACGGGAUACUUCCCAUUGAAGAGGGCGCAGAAUUCAUCGCAGUACACGCUUGGGCGGACUUUCUUCCAGGAAGCCUACGUGAUCGCAGACUACGACCGUUCAAAUUUCACCAUCGCUCCUUGCGAUUGGAAUGCAGACCGAAUUGCCCAGCAACAGAUAGUAUCCAUCCUUCGUGCAAACAAGACGAGCACCGACGACGACAGCUCAUCCAACACCGGUGCCAUCGCUGGAGGCGUAGUCGGCGGCGUCGUCGGUCUGGUCGCAAUCGCCGGCCUCGUUCUCUUCUUCCUUCGCCGCAAAAAGAAGACCACAGAAAAGCAACGCCUCGCCGAGCUCGAUGCGAAAUCCGCAGCGGGAGGCACAGCAGGCAGCACACCAGAAGACAAAACCUACUCCCUGGACACCGAAGCCCGACCAUUCAUCUCCGGCCCCAUGGGUGGCGAACUGCAGGGCCAAGAAAUCCACCAACUGGACAGCCCUCAUAAGAUCGAUCCGAAUAAGAUCGGAUACUCUGAAAUGGAGAACCCGCACGAGUUCUACUCGCCUGUCAAGGGCGUGCCGGCAGAAAUGCGAGGCCAGACUCCCAUUUACGAAAUGGCUGGGAGUGAUGUGGGUGAACUCCCCGCUCCGAGGGUAAACAUGACGGAGUCGAAAUAAUGACCAAAAGGAUCAUCAAAUCCAGUCAUACUCAAUUUUCAAUCUCUGUCGAAAUAUAUUUUCAUUAUGGAGGAGUUUCAGGUGUAAGAAAGGGGGAAAACGGGACAUGAAUGUACAGCGUGUGGUGUAUAUGGGAACAAGAACGGUCAAAUCCAUGGACUUUCGUGUGAUUUAGUUUUAUAUCAUCUCUUUAUAUCUACGUGGC